UGUAAGAAAUGGUGCGAAAGUGAAAUGUGCGAUUGUUGAAAAGUCGGUGCUGUAAUAAAUAUAAUACGUCGUCUGUCCACGAUGCGUUCAAUUUAUCUCUAUGAGUCUAUGUUUUAACACGGAGUAGAGUUUGAUCAGUAUCUAAUAAAAAUAAUAAACCGAUAUCGCAAUGAUAGAAUCUUCAGCAUGGAACGCAAAAAAAGACGAGACUAUAUACAAAGCGGUAGGUUCGAUACAUUUGCGAAAAUAUGGACAGUUUUUUGAACAGUUAUCAGAAAAAACUUGGAGAAAAGAUUCUACGUUAGAAUAUUUUAUGGAAGGUCCUCUUCGGCUAAUAUAUAAACCCGUUGAAGAUGUCAGUCUUAUAUUUUUGAUAGAAAUGGAAAAUAAAUUUUUAUUAAAAUUACUUGCCACUGUUGCUGGUACAUGCAGAGAAAUUAGACUUCUCGAAAUAGAAGCUAAAACUUUCUACAAAAAAUUGUUUACGCAUGGAGAAAGGGACGUUGAAAAUAAUCAGAAUAAUAUCACGUCUCUUCUAUCCGAUUUGCAAGAUCUGUUUGUUUUUGUGAACAGAGUAUGGACUGUUGCUCAUUUAACAACAGAACAAUUAUCCAGUCUAGCAGGUAAUCCUAACGAAGUUUAUUUACCUGUACUGAUAGAACAUUUCAUUGAUUUAUUCGUAAUUGUUCUGACAUUGGAUGAAAUUAUUGAAUCUCAACCGUCGUUGUUGGAACAAUGGAAACAGUACAGAAUUCAUGUGCAUUCUAUUAUGCAUAAUCCGUCGCAGUUUGGUAUAGUAGAAUCCAAACUCCAUACGUUUGAUAAAUUGUUAAAGGUACUACAAGAACAUUUAUUAAAGAAGGUGAUAUUUUCUAGAACUAUCGAACGUGUAAUGGACAUAAAUAAAAGUAGUAUGAUGAACGAGCAAAUUACUAAUUAUCUCAAAAAUAUAAUGUCGGAUGUAGAGAAUAAGUCUAACGCAAAUGCAGCAUCGAAUAAAAAUUGGAUCAGAGUAAAUAUCGGUGUUGUUGUGUUGACAAAAUCAUUUGGUACUUGUGAUAAAAAAUUAAUUAAAAGAGUAAUGGAAAAUAACAAAAAGUUUUAUGCCGUAACUUUGAUCGGAAAUGUUAUAUGGUUACCCGGCAAAUUUUUGAGCGAUUUUCUACCAAAGGAAGCCAGCAAUUAUACAGUUAGUCCCCAAGCGGGAGAAAAACUAUUAAGCUUAAGGACUCAAAAAUUGUCUCAGACCGUCAAUAAUUUAAUUCAUAAGGCUGUCUCAUGGUGCAUAGAAAUGCCAAAUAUUAUGAAAACUCAUCUUCAAGUUUCAGACAUUGAGCAGAAACAAUUUUUACUUGUAGAUUUAGUUAAUUUGUUAUCCCAAAUUAAAGAGACUAUAUCUUUUAUAAUGAAUAUGCACGCGACGCUUAUUAAACCAAUGAAUCGUAACACAGUUCAUUUGAUCUGUAGAUUAAUAGAAGUAGAAAAGUCUUUAGAAAAUACAUUUUAUAUAUUGGGGCCACUUAUAGUGCAAUCGCAAAGUCAAGUGUUACAAUAUCUGAGUUACAAUAUUUCGAUCGUGUUAGAGAAUGCACGGAAAAGUUUGAUACAAAAAGAUAAAGGCUAUAGCAAAGAAAGAUUGGACACAUUGUCGUUAAUAGGUUUAAGCAUAAAGAUAUUAAAUGGUCCGGCGAGCGCGGAUAGAAGAUUAAUAAUUAGAUGUGCAUUAGCGUGUGCUACUCAAUUAACGGAUAUAUUUAAAGAAGAGGAAACGGUGAAAUUAAGAUUUUUAUUAGACAACUAUGAUACCAUUGCCGAACUGCAUGAUGUUAUUUCCGAAAUUUGCGAUUAUUCCAUAUUGCUACAUCAUCAAAACAUUAUUCCAGCUUACUUCUCUUUUGUAACCGAUAGUAAUUUAAAUAUAAAUCAUAUUGUACAUCUGUUUGGUGCAUUUAACAGUACCAUUAGCGAACAGGAAGGAUUAGAUUUAAAGGAGAAAAGAAUCGUGCAAUUAAAAGAAAUGUUAAUUAAAAACAUAUUAGAACCCGUUUGCAACGAGAUCGAAAUAGACUUGAGACUUCAUGUCCAUGCACAUUUAAAAUUGGAUUCUACCAAUCCAUUUAAUUUUGGAGUAAAAGAUGGUGGCAGAGUAGUACAAUCGUUACCGUUACCUCUGGCUAAUAGUAUGAUAUUUGCCAAGAGAUUUAUAGAACAUUAUCUUGAUGACAUGUUUUAUAAUCUUACUACGGUGAAGCUGCACGAUUGGAGGACCUAUGGAAUGAUGCACGCCCUUGCUCAUUAUAAACUGAAUCUUGAUACCGUACAAAAUUAUUUACCCACUCAAACCUUGGAACAAGGUCUGGAUGCCUUAGAAAUUAUGAGAAACAUUCAUGUAUUUGUUUCGAAAUAUUUGUACAAUCUAAACACACAAACUUUCAUUGAACAUAUUAGUAAUAAUAAACAUUUAAAUACCAUUGGAAUUAGGCAUAUAGCGAAUUCUAUUAGAACACAUGGAACCGGCAUUAUGAGUACAACAGUUAACUUUGUAUAUCAAUUUCUUCGUGUAAAGUUGCACACGUUUUCACAAUUUCUUUUCGACGAACAUAUAAAAUCAAGAUUAAUGCGGGAUAUAAGAUUUAUUAAAGCUCAAAGAGAAAACGGAGAAACGCCUUACACGUACGAGAGAGCAGAAAAAUUUCAAAAAGGCAUUAGAAAAUUGGGAAUGACGGCCGACGAUUUGAGCUAUUUGGAUCAAUUUCGACAGUUGAUAACUCAAAUUGGAAACGCAUUAGGAUACGUGCGAUUAAUCAGAUCCGGUGGAUUGCACGCAAGUUCGAACGCUAUUUCGUUUUUGCCAAAUAUCGAUUCGCCCGUAUCGUUCGAAUUAUUGUGCAAAAAUUUAAAUUACAGUAUAAUAACUCAAGCUGCGGCAAGAUGCUUAGAAGAUGAUAUUACCAAUUUGGUACGAAAUUUUACAGAGGGCAUACAAUAUUUUAAACUUCUCGUCGAUGUAUUUGCGUCUGCCUUUCGAGAUACGGAAUCGCACCAUUUGCAACAAUUUUAUGCCAUUGUACCGCCAUUAACGUUAAGUUUUGUGGAUAAUUCGAUAUCGAACAAAGAGAAGAUGUUAAAGAAAAAUCAAACAGGCGCGGCUUUUACCGACGAUGGUUUCGCGAUGGGAAUCGCGUAUAUAAAUGCUCUGUUGGAUCAAUCGUCAGAACUCGAUGGUUUACAUUGGUUCAAAACGGUCGAACAACAUAUAAAUGCUGAAAAACAAGCUGCAAAAAGUAAAAAUGAUCAUGGUGAUGAAAAAUUGCAGCAAACGAGAGCAUUAACAUUGAAACGCUUAAGAGAAAGAAGUGCCGAAUUUCAGUUACUCUAUUACAGUUUGUCUGGGGCCAGAGUAUUCUUUAAACAGUCUGAUAUAUAAUACUUUAGAACGAAAAAUAAUGCAUAUUCAAUAAGAUUUGAAUUGCUUAUCGAUCUUAUACUUAAUUUUCCUCGAUAUUUUUCAUUAUCGCUGUUUAAAGACCGUUAAAUUGUACAUUAUACGAUUAUACAAUUAUAUACCUAAUAAAACCAGCUUUAAAACAUUUUCUAUUAUAAAUUUUAUUUUAUUUUCGUAAUCCUUUUGUAACAUUAUAACAACGAGAAAAUAAAGAUAUAAAUUAGUACGUUAAACAAGGUUUAAUUUACCAAAGGGUCUCUAAAGACUGUAGUUUCUUUUUAUAUCUGUAUAUUUCAGCUUAGUAUUUUUCAAAUUUAUUUUAUGCCUGUGGCACGGUACCAUUCUUCAAUUUGCAAAUACUAACUAUGCUCAUUUGUAUAAAUAUUUUCUAAACGAACAAGAUUAUAAUGGUUGAUAUAUUUACUUUUAAAUAAGUAAUGGCUAGAUGAAUUGACUAGAAUUAAUUACAUUUACAAUUAUAGCUGUAAAGAACUAAGCGUUUUAGAAAAUUUACUUAUACACACGAAAUCAUUAUCACUGCUCGCGGUAAUAGAAAAUCAAGUCUUUUCUACAUUAGUGAAUUCAAAAGUCUUUCAUGAUACUUUAUAUGCUACGAGAAAAACUUUCCUAUUAUAAAUUAAAUACAAAAUCACAAACCAUCGUUUUUAUUUUUAACACCUGCACUAACUUUUUUUACUGUUUGUUUAGUAUCUGUAAAUAUUAUUUGCCUUAUACAUUAACAACAUUUACUGUCGACUAUAAACAGUAUAUUUUAAAUAAAUGUAAA